CCAACGCAGUCGUGCGUCCCCACCGCCACCUGGGCCGCCUGGCAGGCAGGCGACGGAGGCCCAGGAGCCAUGGGCGACUGGGGCUUCCUUGAGAAGCUGCUAGACCAGGUCCAAGAGCACUCGACUGUGGUGGGCAAGAUCUGGCUGACAGUGCUCUUCAUCUUCCGAAUCCUCAUCCUGGGCCUGGCCGGUGAGUCGGUGUGGGGUGAUGAGCAGUCGGACUUCCAGUGUAAUACAGCCCAGCCAGGCUGUACCAAUGUCUGCUACGACCAGGCCUUCCCCAUCUCCCACGUCCGCUACUGGGUGCUGCAGUUCCUCUUCGUCAGCACUCCCACCCUGAUCUACCUGGGCCACGUCAUUUACCUGUCUCGGCGUGAGGAGCGGCUGCGGCAGAAGGAGGGGGAGCUUCGGGCACUGCCGCACAAGGACCCACAAGUGGACCGGGCGUUGGCAGCCAUAGAGCGUCAGAUGGCCAAGAUCUCAGUGGCAGAAGAUGGUCGCAUGCGAAUCCGUGGGGCACUGAUGGGCACCUAUGUGGCCAGCGUGAUUUGCAAGAGCAUGCUAGAGGCAGGCUUCCUGUAUGGCCAGUGGCGUCUCUAUGGCUGGACCAUGAAGCCUGUGUUUGUGUGCCAUCGACUACCCUGCCCCCACCUCGUGGACUGCUACGUCUCACGCCCCACGGAGAAGACUAUCUUUAUCAUCUUCAUGCAGGUGGUCGGACUCAUUUCCCUGCUCCUCAACCUGCUGGAGCUGGUGCACCUGCUGUCCCGCUACCUCAUCCGGGGGCUAAGAGCCCGGCAGGGCCAGGAUGCGCCCCCAGCCCAGGACACCACCUCAGAACCCUAUGCUGACCAGGUCUUCUACCUCCCCAUAGGCAAAGAGCCCUCCUCCGAGCCAUGCCCCACCUACAGUGGGCUCUCAUCCAGUGAGCAAAACUGGGCCAACCUCACUACGGAGGAGAGGCUGGCUUCUUCCAGGCCCCCUCUCUUCCCGGGCCUGUCCCCCCAGAGUAGCCGGAAGUCCCCCAGUAGCUCCACCUGCUCUGCUCCCAAGAAGCAGUAUUUGUAGGGGCCUGGGGCUUAUGUCACC